CUCAGGAAUCCGACCGCAAGAAUCCUGCUCGACUCGAUUGACAAUCGCCCUAUCUUCAUAUUUAGACGGCAACUCGAAAAAAGCUCCAUUUGAGUUUGUAGAAGUUUCCAAAGAAGAGACACCUUAUCGACUCUUAUUGAUUUUUCCUUAUUUUGCGCUUAAUUGUUUGGAGUUUAGCAGAAUGUCUCUUGCCAGCAUCCUACCGGACGACUCUGCGUUUGACAAUUUCAAGGAGCAGUGUUUGUCCACCAGUGGAAAUUGGCACAAUAAGUACGACAAACACGGGAUGCAAGUAUGGAUGGAAAUCCCGAAGGACAAAGGAAACAGUUCUGGGUCGAAAGUGCACAAACUCAAGUGCAAAAUGACAAUCAAUGACGUCUCUGCAUCCACUAUGUACGACGUCAUCCACGACAGCGAGUACCGGAAGACGUGGGACCCCAACAUGGAGGAGAGCUAUGACAUCGCCCGUGUCUCCGAGUGCGCCGACCUCGGCUACUACUCAUGGCGUUGUCCAAAGCCGAUCAAGAAUCGGGAUGUUGUGACCCUGCGCUCGUGGCGAGUGACAAAGGACGAAUACCUCAUCAUCAAUUUCUCAGUCAAACAUCCGAAACACCCUCCUAAGAGUAACUUGGUACGAGCCGUUUCCAUCCUCACCGGCUAUUACAUCAAGCCCACAGGACCCAACAGCUGCAUUUUUAUUUAUCUCUCACAAGCCGACCCCAAAGGUUCUCUUCCAAAGUGGUUGGUAAACAAAGCUUCCGAAGUCCUAGCACCAAAGGUGUUGAGGUGUGUGCACGAGGCGGGUCAGGGGUAUUCCAAGUGGAAGGAGCAGAACCGUCCAGAUCACAAGCCGUGGCUGUACCCCGAUCAGUGCACGCUACCCAAGAUGAACCCAGCCGAGCUGGCCAUCCAGCGGGGCGACUCGCUGGAGAACGUGGACGAGAGCGCCAUACAGGAUGAAAGUUGACAGAUAUCGGGGAUGGUUGGCAUGGUUACUUAUUUGAAAUCACCUCAAGUGUACAAAUAAGCUCAAUGUGUCUUUUUUUAUUAUUAUUUUACUUUCUUCAUAAUGCAGCUAAUCUGUUGAACGUUGUUACUGCACGUCUUUUUUUUUUACUGCAGGUUUUUUUGUCAAGCUUUUUUCUGUGCUCACAUACAAAGUUAAUUGUUUAAAGCAGGGGUGGGCAAUCGUUUGACUUGCGGGCCGAAUUGGGUUUUAGAUUUGGACCAGGAGAAGAUGGAUGUAGUGUUUGUGUGAAGUAAUAGAUAUUACAUGUAAAGGUCAUUGCAUAAAAGGUUUGGGCCUUUAGUAGGUAGUAAAGCAUGGAUAUAUUCCCAACAAGGUUUUUUUGAAAACAAAUGCAUUUAUUAACAGCAUUAAACAAAAAUAACAUUA